CCCGACUUUUGGGACACCCUGUAUAGAAGAGCUCAAUAGUUAUAACUCAUUAAAGUGACAAUUUAAAAAUACACGACCGUUACGAUCUACAUUAACUAUUUUUCUUUUAUUUAUUUUUAAUGUAAAUUAGCUAUUAGGUUUAUUUAUCAGAAUUGUGGUUUGCAGCGAUCAAUAUAUUAAUUGAAAUGCAUUGUUCUAAAGAGGGAGGAAAAUAUUGAUCAUAAGAAAAGUAACAGGUAACAUGUAAUGUAACGGAUAGAUAGAUACCCAUGUACCAUAUGUAUAUGUAUAUUCCAGUCCAGAGAAAUUGUGCAGUCGGGUGUCAACAAUGUUUAACGUAUUAUUGUUCUUUUCCGUAAUAUUUCUGAUUCUGUUUACAUUUUCCGAGAGCAAAAUUCUUCAGGGACGCCUAGUUACACGUGAAAAUUGGGCAUUUUUGACAAGGUUCUGCUUCUUGACGGAACAAGGCACAUUUCGAUACGAAUUCGAAUUCGAGGGUGGAGAAAACGAUUUGAAAAUAUUGUUAUAUUACGAUGCACCUGACCAAUGGCCGAGUAUUUAUCCUUCAAAUAAAUCGUGCAUCGAGAAAGAAGCUAUACUUUGGGACGGAAUUGGUCAAAUAGUACCACUAUCGACAAUAUUGUCAACGCAAUCAGGAUGCAUAGAAGAAAACACGGUGACGCGAUGCUCUAGUUAUCGAAGAUUUCGAUCGUCUCGGCCGAGAUGGUGGUUCAUCGCGUUAGCGGAUUGUACCUCGAAAAAUGGAUUGAAUGUAUCGUAUUGGAUAUCGUUGACGAAUGCGCCACAUAGCAGUUUUUGGAGAGAACAUUUUUCAGCUGACGAAUUCUAUAUACUGCCAGAGUUGAUAGCGAUUGGUUGCAUUUAUGUUAUAAUUGUAAUAAUAAGUUUUUGUAUAGCCAUACAAUUACGAGCAAGAAGACUUCUACACAUGUCUUAUAAGAUAUUUGUAACUUCUUUGCUUUGUCAACUAGCAGGAAUAUUAUUCGAGAUUUAUAGCUACACGAAUCUUGGUUUAAGGGGAAUACCAACGGAAAAUGUUUCCUUGAUGGGUCAACUUUUAGAAGCAUGCUCAGAUAUUUUGUACACCCUACUCAUGUUAUUACUCGCACUUGGUUUUACAGUGACCAAGAGUACUUUAACACCAAGACAAAUUCGAUGGCUUAUAUGCUUCGUCUGUCUUCAUUCUUUCUGUCAAUUUUCUUUAUAUAUUUACCAAUCGGACGUGUUCGAUCCUGGAUUAGUAUUGUACAUUUACGAAUCACCGCCAGGUUAUAUGCUAAUAGCAUUAAAAUUGACCGCAUGGAUUAUCUUUUCUCUUCGCUGUCUUAAGACAAUUAAAAAAAUGUCAACAAAGCUUCAUUUUUAUGGUUCAUUAUUUUCCUUGGGAUCUGCAUGGUUCCUGUGUCAUCCAAUAACGGUACUCUGCGUUACUUUAUUAGUAGACCAAUGGGUAAGGGAAAGUGUCGCUAAGGGAUGUUCGUUAUGGAUUGUUUUUAUGGGACACGUAGCAUUUUUAUACAUCACCCGACCAUCUGUGGCUAACAAACGUUUUCCAUAUCAUAUUAGAACGUGUCAGGUAAUGCCCAUUGGUGGCGAGGGACAGGACCACAGUUACGAACCUCAAAUUAGAACGGCAUGUUCUGCAUUUACCAUUUCGCAUCUACCACCGCCUACUUCACGAUCCUAACAGUGAUCAGAUU